UCAGUUUUUAACUGUCAGCACACCUUCACAGUGUCCUCUCACUCUUCAGAAGUACAUCAGCCGUGUGAGAGGCAAAGGACAGUUUUAAUCUCAAGCAACAUGACACUCAAAUCACACUGCACGCAUCAACGCACGCCGACAGAAUUUCUAUGGAAUAACGCACACAUCCUAAAACCGUACAAUUCUAAAUCUAAACACCACUACCUCACCCAAACACAUCCAAUGGACCAGAGGAGACCCAAACCGCACAGAUUCCACUCUUGCCUGAUGUUUCGCUUGAAGGGUUGUGUGAGGAUGGACCAGAGACCGUGUGGAGGAGACGUCCAGGGAGAAAAUACAGAGAGCAGACUGAGGGAACUGGCCUUGAAGUGGUUUACAGAAACCCAGGCUCCUCUCAUUCUCCAUAAUGGCAACUUUCCAGAAUGGUUCCAGGGAUUCAUCAGCAGAAAAGACGCAGAGGAGCAUCUAAAAGAUAAGAAACUGGGCUGUUUUCUCAUUCGGCUCAGUGAUAAAGCCACUGGAUACAUUCUGUCAUAUAAAGGUCGUGACCGAUGUCGACACUUCGUCAUCAAUCAGCAUAAAGAUGGACGUUUCAUAGUGACGGGCGACACAGAGAUGCAUGAUUCACUAACCAGCCUCAUUGAAUUUUAUAAGAUCAGACCUAUUGAGCCGUUCGGAGAAUAUCUGACUAGUUCAUGUUUUGAGUCUUCCACAAGCGAGCUGUAUGAUGUCAUUCAUGUGGAACAGAGGGGACAGGCAGCCUUGAGUGUUAAAGCUAUGAAGAAUAUUUGGGACCAUCAGUAUGGAAAACCCGAUGAGAUCCUGCAGCCUCCCGCUCUGCCACCCAAAGGCAACAGAAAUAUGCAGGUAGCACCUCCAUUACCCAGAAAAGGCCCUCCUGUGAAAACCUCCUCGCUGGAAGCAAAGGACAAUGUGCUCUAUACCCAGGUGGAAAUGCAGAAUUAUAAAGAAAGAGCCAGAUCGCCCACUGAGGGGAGAAACUUUUCCCUGACAGAACCCUUGAGAAUUCACAAAAGCAUCACCGGAGACCAAGGAACAGUUUACUCAGAGCUCAUAGUGCCAAACUGCAGAAGUCAGUCUUUGCCUCUCCUCGAUGAUAAUACUGAAGAUGACUCACAUUUCAACAGGCAAAACUCCCCAACUAAAGGGUUGCCAAGUAUUAGCACUAGCUUGGGUAAGCUAUGCAAUACUUCUCUCUAUCAAUUAGCCGGAACACCUGGCAACCAAAUUACAACGCGACAGAAAGAGUCAACGGUCAACACCCAUGAACCAACAUAUACCGAGGUGCCUCCUAAACCAUUUUCAAAUGACAUCGAAAACACAUAUGAACAGAUUCCCGACUCACGGCUCGAAGCCAGAGCGCUGGAGAAUUCGACACACACUAACACCUAUGAGACGUUAAUGGACAUAAAACCAAAGCCGAUCAAUUCUGCUAGAGCUGUUAAGGCAGAGAAAUGGAAAUGGCUUAACCCCGAAUACUGGAAAAAAUAACAUCCUCUUCAUCAGCUGAUAAAGACAUUACUGGCAUAAGUCAGUCACACACAAUAUCACACUACCGAAAACAUUAAUAACAAACCCAGAACAUAUAAAUCACCAAAAAAUUAUUUCAUUCACUUGGUAAAUGAAGCUACUUUAGUUUACUGUACCAGAAAUACUAGAGCUUUACUUUUCAUAAGCUUUUUUAAGUAUGUUUGUUUAAUAUUUGUUAAAGUAUUGUUAUGUGUAUGUUAAUGACUAUUUAUUAACCUAAUAAAUUUCAAUUUCUCUUC